UGCGGUUAUGAGUCGUGUCCGAAGCCGCAGAAAAACAUGCUGAAUGUGCAUUUGGUUCCCCACACACACGACGACGUUGGCUGGCUGAAAACGGUCGAUCAGUACUACUACGGAAGUAAAACAACGAUCCAGAAGGCAGGCGUCCAGUACAUUCUCGACUCGGUCAUACAAUCGCUGCUCAGCGACCCGGAGCGAAAGUUCAUCUACGUCGAGUCGGCGUUCUUCUUCAAGUGGUUCAACGAGCAGACGCGUGAGCUGCAGCAGCAAGUGCGAACGCUGGUGGACGAGGGCCGGCUUGAGUUUAUCGGCGGUGCGUGGAGUAUGAACGAUGAGGCGGCCGCACACUACCACAGUGUCGUCGAUCAGUUCACCUGGGGCUUGCGGAAGCUGAACGAUACGUUUGGCGAAUGUGGACGACCCCGGAUCGGCUGGCAGAUAGAUCCGUUCGGGCAUUCCCGCGAACAGGCUUCCCUGUUCGCCCAGAUGGGCUACGAUGGGUUGUUCUUCGGGCGGCUCGACUAUCAGGACAAACGGGAGCGUAUGUCGCACAAGCGGGCAGAAAUGAUCUGGAAGACGAGCGCCAACCUGGACGAUGCGGAUCUCUUCACUGGAGUGCUGUACAACCUGUACCAGGCCCCGCCAGGCUUUUGCUUCGAUAUCCUAUGCUCCGAUGAACCGUUUAUCGAUGGUCCUUACUCAGCCGAGAACAAUGUUAAGGCGAAGGUGGACAAGUUCCUGUACUAUGUUGAUCUUCAGGCGGAAAGUUACCGAACGAACAACAUCAUUCUGACGAUGGGAGGAGACUUCACCUACAUGGAUGCAAACGUUUACUUCAAGAAUAUGGACAAACUAAUUAAAUAUACCAACGCUCGGCAAUCGAACGGAUCGAAUGUGAACGUGUUCUACUCAACUCCAUCGUGCUAUCUAAAAGCCCUGCACGACAUGGGUAUCACCUGGCCAACGAAGAGCGACGAUUUCUUCCCCUAUGCCUCUGAUCCGCAUUCGUUCUGGACCGGUUACUACACUUCGCGACCGACGAGCAAGCGGUUUGAGCGUGUUGGUAACCAUUUUCUGCAGGUGUGCAAGCAACUGACGGCCCUUGCACCGUCCCGGGAAGCCCACAUGGAACCACACCUGAAUGUGCUGCGGGAGGCGAUGGGGGUGAUGCAGCAUCACGAUGCUAUCACCGGAACCGAGAAGCAGCACGUGGCGAACGAUUACGCCCGAAUGUUGCAACGGGCGUUGCGAGCCUGCGGAGCCAACACCAAGGUGGUGCUAAACCAAAUCGUCGAUCCCAAAUUUAAGCGAUCGGCACGUGAGAACAUUGCAGAUUAUCAUGCACAGCCGCUUACUCCUUCCUAUAAGUUUGGAUUUGAAACGUGUCACCUGCUGAAUGUGAGUCAGUGUGAGCUGACCGAGUCAAAGGACAGUUUCACCGUGACGCUGUACAACCCGUUGGCCCACGCGGGACACGAGUACGUGCGUGUUCCGGUGCCCGGUGGAAGAUACAUUGUGCGCGACUAUCGGAACGUGGAGGUCGCGGCGCAGCUCGUCCCCAUCCCGGCGUCGGUGUUGAACCUUAGCUACCGGUUCAGCAAUGCGACCACCGAGUUGGUGUUCCUGGCAAACGAGUUGCCACCGCUUGGCUUUAAAUCAUACUUUGUGACCCGUGCCGUUGAUUCGUUGGACGAUUUCAUCCACGAAUCGAAACCGAUCCAACCGGAAUCCCCACCACCGCCGGUGGGCAACGAGAGUACCCGGUGGCACUCGGAGGAGGUAACUGUCGGGAAUAAGUAUCUCAACGUCAGUUUUGACAGCAACGGGUUCCUUAGUACGAUCACGAUAAAUGGUGUGACGAAUCGGCUGAGGCAGACAUUCGUGUACUACGAGGGGGCGCUCGGGAACAACGAGGAGGCCCGCAACCGGUCCUCGGGUGCUUACAUAUUCCGACCAAAUGGCACGGAGAAGGCCGUCACCGAGAAGGUGCAGCUGCGUGUUGUUAAGGGUCCCACCGUGCAGGAAGUGCACCAGACAUUUAACGAUUGGAUCAGCCAAGUGGUACGUGUGUACGCCGACGAAGGGCAUAUCGAGUUCGAGUGGCUCGUUGGACCCAUCCCGGUGGAGGACGGCGUUGGUAAGGAAGUUGUGUCACGGUUCUACACAGCCGCCCAAUCGGGUGGAGUGUUCUGGACGGACGCGAAUGGUCGUGAGAUGAUACAACGCGUCCGAGACCACCGGGACACGUGGAAUGUGCGCUUGCUGGAGAAGAUCGCCGGUAACUACUACCCGGUGACGACGAAGAUCGCCCUGGAGGAUGAGAAUCUUCGGCUGGCGGUUUUGAAUGAUCGCGCUCAGGGUGGCUCGAGUCUGGAGGAUGGGUCGCUGGAGUUAAUGGUCCACAGAAGACUACUUCACGAUGACGCUUUCGGUGUCGAGGAGGCGUUGAACGAGAAAGCGUUUGGUAAGGGACUGGUGGCACGCGGUAAGCAUUGGGUCGUGUUCGGUGCGAAGCACUCGGCCACCCCGACCCCGGAGGCUCGUGAGCGGUUCUUACAGAAUCGCGUCCUCCUACCAAACUGGCUCUUCUUCAGCGAUGUGGGUGAGUCCACGUACGAGGAAUGGCAGAAGCAGUACACCAACAUCUACUCCGCCUUGUCUUUAUCGCUUCCACUGAACGUACAUCUGCUCACCUUCGAGCCGUGGAAGGAAAACAGUCUGCUGGUCCGUUUCGAGCACCUGUUGGAGAAGGGCGAAGACCCACUGUACUCCAAACCGGUGCGAUUCAACGUGCAAGACGUGUUCCGUCAGUUCAGCAUCGAUACGAUCCGAGAAACGACGCUUGCUGCCAACCAGUUGAAGGAGGAUUCGCAACGGUUGAAAUUCAAACCCGAUCCAGACUACAUUGUGUACGAUUCGGUCAAGCGAGAAGCGACACCUGUUCCCAGUAUCCCGGUGGCACCAGUCAUCAACGGACAGAGGGAAGAUCCGGUGCAAAACGUCGCCGGGGAAGGAUUCGAAAUCGUACUCAAGCCGAUGGAAAUCAGGACGUUUAUCUUCGAGCUGGAAUACAGGCCAUAAAGUAGAAUAUGAAACAGUAGUUGUAGUCUUUGAUUGUGUAGUAAA